AUGGCCCUGUAUGCUGCUGCCCGUCAACGCCCUCACCGCAGCAUCCACGACCCGGAGGUGCGCCCGCUGCGUCUAGCCGUCCUCAAGGCUGCCACCAUCAACCUGCUCAUCUUACAACUCCUCUUCCUUGGUCUGUUCUGCUAUCUGUUCGGGUCCAUCUGUCAACAGACCACUCAUAUUCAUAAUCUCAAUGUCCUCUUCGUUGACUACGAUGGUGGGGCCAUCGGUCAGGCCGUGCGCACUGCCUACCAACAGCUGCAAGGAUCCGGCUUCCCCACCCUCCGCGAACAGUCAGUCCAGGCUUAUCCCAAUCCUGCGUCGAUCGUCUCCACCGUCUGCAAUAUUCACUACUGGGGAGGUCUGUACAUCGUCGAGAAUGCUUCCUCGCGCCUAUCAGCUGCUCUCACCGGCAUCGGGACAGCAACCUACAAUAAAAGUGAUGUCAUGACCCUAGUCUGGAAUGAGGCGCGCUACUCCACCGUCGUAGAUUCUGCUAUCGAGUCCAACAUUCUGUCGUUAUCUGAAGCUGCUCGCAUCAUCUACACCACUACCAACGGUCCUGCCAUCCUUCAAACUAUGAACACCUCUGACCAGACAGCCAUCGCCACCCUCGCUGACCCCUGGACGCUCUCCACUAUUAACAUCCAACCCACCACCCAAGGCUCCCGCCUCAUCUACAACACUCUAGUCGUCAUCCUCAUCCUCAUCCAAGAGUUCUUCUACCUUGGCUACCUCAAUGGUCUCUAUCAGCAAUUCCACCUGUACACUUCAGUUGACGCGCACCGCAUCGCCAUCAUCCGUCAGCUCAUCUCGGCCACAUACACCUUCAUCGGCUCGCUCUGCACUACUGGCGCCAUCUGGGCCUUCCGAUAUGGCUGGCACGUCAACGGCGCCCAGUUCAUGAUAACCUGGAUGGCGCUGUGGUUAUUCGCGCAUCUGAACUUCCUCGUCUUGGAUGUAUUUACUAUUUGGCUAGCACCGCCAUUCGUUCCCAUGGCCCUUAUUUCAUGGGUUGUGUUGAAUGUUUCAUCAAUUCUGUUGCCGUUCGAGCUGUCUCCAGGGUUCUACAAAUGGGGAUAUGCGCUUCCCGCGCAUGCUAUCUUCCAGGUGAUGGUGGAUAUUUGGUCCGGUGGUUGCAAUCCCCAACUGGAUUAUGCGUUGCCGGUUCUAUUCGCGUAUGAUAUUGUCGGUAUGGUGCUCAGUAGCCUUGGGGUGUAUCGGCGGGCGCAUUAUGCGGUGUUGGCGGAGGAGGAGAAGAAGGAAUCGCAGGAGCGUUUGGCUGUUGAUGCGGAAGGAGAGGCAGAGAAGGUAACCCCCGGUACUAAUGGAGAGGAGGGACCUGCCGGGGUGGCAGAGGCAGAAGAAGGGGAACCAUCAGAGACGCAGCCAGAAGGAAUUGGAGAGCGCAUCAGGGAGGAAAUGUCGCGGCUUGAGAGAGUGCACACCACCCGGCAGAACACGGGGCCAUCGUUCGAUCUACCAUACACCGACUAG